UAAAUUCCAUCAAUGCUUUGCCAGAAUCAUCUUCGGCAUGACCUUUAAGCGGGACUGAGUUAUACCUUGUCGUUGUCCUCUCAGAGAGCUGAAAAGUACAAAAAAGCUGAACACCAUCAAUUGCUUUUCAAGGUGGAACAAGCACUGAUUGCCUUCUCUAAGGAUACGAAAAAUGGAUGAUAUUGAAGCAGAACUUAAUCUACCAGAGAGAGAUGAUAGUGACUCCUCAGAUGAUGAAAUGAACAUCAAAAUCCACAGAGGGAGAAAACGACUCCCUUUGCCUUCUCCUUUUCAAGAAACCCCCAAAGAGACUGGUUUUCAGACGUCUAUGAGGUUAUGUCUAAAUGCCUUGAGAGAAGCCCUGCUACACCAUCGCUGGCAUGAAGCCGCUGAAUACUUCUCAGCUUAUUGCCAGAGUCUGGAGCAUACCUCCUGCACAAAGCGAAUACUGGCCCCAGAGAUCGUAUGGAGAUUUGGCAUUGAGGUUCUACAUCAUCACCCAGACUCAAAACAUGAGGAUGUUAUUUGUUUGUACGAACGAAUGAAAAACUUUGGAGUGAAGAAUUACACCAAGAUCUGUUUGGAGCAGGCCUUUCAUUUGCUGUUGAAUGGCCACUUUGACGAGGCCAAACGACACCUGUCAGUUGCCGAGAGCUGGAGAUAUGGUAAAGAAUCCUUGAAACAGUCACUGGAAAUGAAACUCAUCCAUGCUUACAGUGGCUUCCUGCAUUACCUCUCCUGGUGUAGCAAAAAGCAGGCAUUUUCUGACGAUGAUGAUGCUGGCACUAACCAUAAGAUGCAUGGCUACUUCAGACAAGCCUCAGUGACACUACAGGAGACAAUCAAACAACCUGGAGUGUGGGACCCUUUUGUGCUGAGUUAUGUUAAUAUGCUGGAAUACUACAAUGACCUGGAUGGUGCACUGAGUGUUCUGAAGGACUAUGCCUAUGACAAGGAUUUUCCUGCCAACCCUAAUGCACAGGUCUACCUGUACCAGUUCUUAAAGAGACACAAAGCCCCUGUGGACAAGCUUGUCAAAACACUAAAGGUUUUACAUUCUUUGGUGCCCAGUCAUGAACUGAUGCUAGAAUAUUGCUCUCUUCUUCUCAAAUCUGGUGAUAUCCAAGAAGCUCUAAGAGUUGUCAUGGAUCUGUUGGAAUACUCCAGCUGGAAGAGAAACCUGAACGCUUGGAAGUAUUUGUAUCACACCCUCAACACUCUCAAAAAAAGAAACCAAAGGCAGGUAGGCUUUACAGCAUGGGAGGAAAGGAAAGAUCUGUGGUUUAACCUCCAUUUCAGAACCUAUCACGCAAGGAAGGAUCAUCUUCAGAGUGAGGAGCUUUGGCUAGUCAAAGCCGCCGUGCUCAGGAAAAUGGGAGCAAGAACUCUACAUUACUGCAGAUGUUCUUCAAAGGAUUUGAACAUGACUUGAUAGAGGACAUCUGUUGCUUUCUCGUUUAUUCACUAUGUAUUUUUGUCAUAUACCUUAGAGUGCAUGGCCAAAGCAAGGGGUCUUUAAGCUGUCCUCUUUGUGUAUAACAAGGCCACUGAGAGGUUGUUUUCUCUCAAACAUAUUCAAGGGAAUAAAGUGAUGACUCGAAUAUACCUUCAGUCGACCUUGAAUAUCUAUC